AUGCACGGGGGAAAGAGAGGGCUGGUGGCACCACAGAACACUUUUUUGGAAAAUAUUGUCCGACGCUCAAGUGAAACCAGUUUCCUGUUGGGGAAUGCUCAGAUAGUUGAAUGGCCUAUUGUAUACAGUAAUGACGGAUUCUGCAAGCUGUCAGGCUACCACAGGGCAGAGGUCAUGCAGAAGAGCAGCACCUGCAGUUUCAUGUAUGGCGAACUGACAGACAAGAAGACAGUCGAAAAAGUCAGACAGACCUUUGAUAACUAUGAGUCCAAUAGCUUUGAAGUACUGCUCUAUAAGAAGAACAGAACCCCUGUGUGGUUAUACAUGCAGGUGGCUCCUAUUAGGAAUGAGAAUGAUAAAGUGGUUCUGUUCCUCUGCACCUUCAAGGACAUCACUGUCUUCAAACAGCCUAUAGAGGAUGAGACCACAAAAGGAUGGACCAAGUUUGCAAGGCUGACCAGAGCGCUAACCAACAGUCGGAGUACUCUGCAACAGCUUGCGCCUAUGAACAAGACUGAAGUCAGCCACAAGCACUCGAGACUUGCUGAGGCACUCCAGCUGGGAUCGGACAUCCUCCCGCAGUAUAAGCAAGAAGCCCCUAAAACUCCUCCACAUAUUAUUCUGCAUUACUGUGCAUUCAAGACCACUUGGGACUGGGUUAUCCUCAUCCUCACCUUCUACACGGCCAUCAUGGUGCCCUACAACGUCUCCUUUAAGACCAAACAGAAUAACUUGGCUUGGUUGGUGGUGGACAGCGUAGUGGAUGUCAUUUUUCUGGUGGAUAUUGUGCUCAAUUUCCACACGACAUUUGUCGGCCCUGGGGGUGAGGUCAUAUCAGACCCAAAGCUGAUCCGGAUGAAUUACCUGAAGACGUGGUUUGUCAUAGACCUGCUCUCCUGCUUGCCGUAUGACAUCAUUAAUGCUUUCGAGAAUGUGGAUGAGGGUCUCAGCAGCCUUUUCAGCUCAUUGAAGGUGGUCCGUCUGCUACGUUUGGGUCGUGUGGCUCGUAAACUGGACCACUACUUGGAAUAUGGUGCAGCAGUACUUGUUCUACUGGUGUGUGUCUUUGGCCUGGUAGCUCAUUGGCUGGCCUGCAUCUGGUACAGUAUUGGUGAUUAUGAGGUCAUUGAUGAGGCCACCAACACCAUCAAGACAGACAGCUGGCUCUACCAAUUGGCCAUCAGCAUUGGCACACCAUACCGUUACAAUGCCAGUGGCUCAGGUCAAUGGGAAGGAGGCCCAAGUAAAGACACGCUCUACAUUUCAUCUCUCUACUUCACUAUGACCAGCCUCACCACCAUUGGCUUUGGCAACAUUGCUCCCACCACAGACGGGGAGAAGAUCUUCUCAGUGGCCAUGAUGAUGGUGGGCUCCCUCCUCUAUGCCACCAUCUUUGGAAACGUGACCACCAUUUUCCAGCAGAUGUACACCAACACUAACCGCUACCACGAGAUGCUCAACAACGUGAGAGACUUUCUGAAACUCUACCAAGUGCCCAAAGGCCUGAGUGAGAGGGUAAUGGACUACAUUGUCUCCACCUGGGCCAUGACCAAGGGCAUCGACACAGAGAGGGUCCUGUCCAUCUGUCCCAAAGACAUGCGAGCAGACAUCUGCGUCCACCUGAACCGCCAGGUGUUUAACGAGCACCCGGCGUUUCGCCUGGCGAGUGAUGGCUGUCUGCGCUCUCUGGCCGUGGAGUUUCAGACCACACACUGCGCUCCGGGCGACCUAAUCUUCCACGCGGGGGAAAGCGUGGACACGCUCUGCUUUGUGGUGUCAGGCUCGCUGGAGGUUAUUCAGGAUGAUGAGGUCAUUGCAAUCCUGGGUAAGGGCGAUGUGUUUGGGGAUCUCUUCUGGAAGGAGACCACUCUAGCUCACGCCUGUGCCAACGUCCGAGCCCUGACCUACUGUGACCUGCACGUCAUCCGACGGGAGGCUCUGCUCAAAGUUUUGGAGUUCUACACGGCUUUCGCUAACUCUUUUUCCCGCAACCUCAUCCUAACAUGCAAUCUCCGCAAGCGGAUCAUCUUCCGUAAGAUCGCAGAUGUAAAGAAGGAGGAAGAGGAGAGACGGCACCAGAAGAACGAGGUGACUCUCUCCAUCCCUGUGGACCAUCCAGUCCGCAAAAUCUUCCAGAAAUUCAAGCAGCAGAAAGAGAUGCGGGCACAGAGCUCAGUUCAGCAUGACCUGGAGCGAAACCAGCUCCAAGUGGAGCAACACCUUCUGCAAAACGGGGCCCCUGGUGCAGGUGGAGCAGGUGUUAACAGUGGCUCCAGUGUGGUGACUGUCUCUCAAAUUACUCCCAUCCCAAGCUCACUGGCUUAUGUUCAGACAGAGGAGGCCAGCCAAAGGGAUGGUCAUGAGGCCUUGGAGCUAAAACCCAGCCUGAGCAUGGUGGACCAGAACUGCCUAAAGGUUGUAAGCCCUGUGCGGCCCAGGGGAGGGACAGCCAGGGGCUGGAUGCGCCUCAGAAACACAGGUAUUUCACCUGACCCAGAGAGGCAUCAGAAAGAGGAAGAAUGGGGAGAUGUAACCCAAUCUCUGGAGCUGCUGUCUGAGGAUGGCAAGAGCCAGGAGACAGAGGUUGGGGAACCUAGCGAAAGCAAUGAUGACAAGAACUUUCUGCACAAGACAGACUCUUGUGACAGCGGCAUCACCAAGAGUGACUUGCGCAUAGACCGCGCCGGUGACUCUCGAAGCCUGUACGAACGCAGCCCCAUGGAAAGAAGUCCUAUGGAGAGGAGACUUCCCUUCCAGGCUGUACCUGAGCAGGCUCUACUACAAAGUACACUCCAGGAGGCCAAGCUGGAGCUGAAGGGAGAUAUUCAAGCUCUGAGCAACCGCCUAACGACACUGGAAGCUCAGGUGGGUGAGAUUCUUAGACUGCUCUCAGAGAAGAGGAGACCCACACCACCUCCACAGACUUCCACUCCUAAGACCAAAAUCAAAUGCCAGGACAUCUUCACUGUCUCCAGACCAGUCACUCCUGACACAGAGAGGGACGAUGGACCCUUUUGA